AUUUUUCAUAAGAUAUUUUUUUUAUUCUGUUAUCACAAUGAUAAGAUCAACUUUAUUUGUAAUUUUUCAAGUUUCUCGCCUCUCCCUUUUAACUUGUAAGAAAAUCGAACAACAUACCCCUAAAGAUAACAUCGAUGGAUUACCCAGUUUAAGUACUCUUCAAAUUCGCGUUAUUCCUAGAGGAACUUAUUUUCCUAUAAUAACACCGUCAAACUAUGAAGAAAAAUGGUUAAAAUCCCAUCUAAGGAGCAGUGGAAUCAAUUUAGAUAAUUUGAAAAAUCCCUGCUCAUAUUCAACAGCUAUCAAAGAAAGUCAUAAGUUGGCAUUCUAUAAAGUUAAUAAUAACAAUGAUUUGGAUACAAAUAAUCCUUCAACAUGCAUAUCCCUUUUCAAUCAUUUACGUGAUGAAAGAGCUAUUGGAUUAAUAUUUGUUUUUAGAGAUAAAGAUGAAAAUUACGAAGAAUUUUACAAAUUAGUCAAGAAGUUGGAAUUAUUUCAUCAAAAUAUUCCUUGGGCAGGAUUUUUUAUUGCUGAAAACUUGUUUGAUCAAUUUAACCAAUGGCAGACAGUAGGCUAUUUUAUUACUCCUGAUGAAUAUUUGCCCUUCAUAUCUACAAUUCCGGCUAAAGAUGAGUUUUACUUAAUAACUUCAUCAGGCUUUGUGAAAGCGUCUAAUGGAGCAGAAUUCUAUUCUACAUUAAUAAACGAUGGAGAUUUAAGAACGUAUAACGAAUUACAACCGUUGAGUUCUCCAAAUAAUUAUAGAUACGCUCGUAUUCAAAUUACUUCACGUAGAAUAUGGGUUGAAUCAGUAAGAGUUUAUACAGGAACUGCAAUUAGUUAGUCUUUAGAACCUAAGAUAAUUAAUAAAGUCUAUUAUAUUAUUAAUUAAUUUUAUUAAAUAAAGAUUCAAGUGUAAUACCAAAAGUAUUUUUAUACGACGGUUUGUCCAAGGAAUGUUUAGACGUUUCAAUUAUAAGCCCAAAUAUAGUGGAUUAUAAUUGUCCCUAUGAUUUUAACUCAAAUUCGGCUGCUUUUUUCGUGAGUGUAUAUUUUUAUUUUCCCUUGCCAUUUUCUGUGAAAAUAUCAGAAAUUAAACCUAAAAUUUUUAAUAUGGCUGUAAAUACUAUAAUAAGCAAUGAAGCUGGUGAAUCUAAUGUUGGAGCAAGUGGAAAAUCGAGUCAGCUGCAAGCUUUAAUCGAUGCUGAAGAUUCUUCUUUACUUAGUAUUACUAGCCUGAUAUUGAGUUCCAGCAUUAAGCUUGCAGAGCCUAUAGAGGAAUGUAAAAUUCAUAUAUCUUUUAAAAUGAUAUAUAUGAUUAAUCUAAUUUUGAUUCAAGUGAAAAGCCUUCUGUCGUAUCAGAAUGAUUUAGGCGUUUUGGUGGAAAUAGACGAUAAUCCUACACCAUUGUGUAAUCCUUAUGAGUCAAGUUUACCUAGUUUUAAUUUCAAUUGGCUACAAUUACCUUGCACCGGAGUUGGUUCAUCGAUUAGAAUAACAAAUAACCAAGAUAAAUUCUCUUUUGAAGAAUUAGAAAUUUAUGUUACGGAUAGCAAUAAUCCAAAUAUUUACAAUGUAGAAUAUACAGAUAAUACUGGACCAGAUCUCUCUUCUUACAUAAAUAUUGCUCCAAAACUCAUGAUUGUAUCUCAUUUGAAAGAUAGGUCACACUUUGUAUGGACAGAUCAAGAUAUAACAACUUGCGACAAUUCCUGGAAUUUAUCUGAGAAUCCUUCCAUAAUAUUUUGUCAUGUUAGAAAACUGAAAGUUUUCUUUAUACGAUUUAAAGUGAAAGAAUUUGGGUCAGUCAAUUUUCAAGUAGUCGGUAUAAAUGGUUAUUCGAUAUCACUAUCUGAAAACAACUUUAACAGAACGUACGAUAUUGAUCUAAGAAAUAUUACAUGGAUUACCGAUGAGAUUGGCGUUAAAGAAACAACGAAAGCCACAGUGUGUGAAGUAGAAAUCUACGGAAACCUUUUACCAUACGAAAAUGUAAACUUAAUUAAUAAUAGUAAUUGGAAAAUUACGAGUAGUAAUCAACUUGACUCUACUUUAAAAAACUUAACUGAUGAAGACUGGAGUACUAGAGUUUGUUCAAACGUAACAGCAUAUUUUAACUCCUACUAUCAAACCUUCCCUUGGAUUUCUAUUGAUUUAGAUGCUGUUUAUAACGUGUCAUAUAUAUUUGUAACUCUAUCAAGGGUUACAAAUUUAGACGUUACUCUAACAGAUUACGAGAUACCUAGAAAUUAUAGUGAAUAUUCAUUACAUCAAGUAAGAAGAGUGUGUAAAUUAAAUUUAGAAAUUUCGUGGAGUAAUUUAAUUACUUGUGUAAAAGAAACUCGGGGAAAGUUUCUGAUAUUUACUGCUAAAGAACAACAAAGUUUACAACUAUGCGAAGUGUCAGUUUUUGGUAGUAUAUACAAUAAAGAUUAUUCACUAAGCCGUCUACCAAUGAUAGAAAAACCAAACAGCCAUUUUCUAACAAGAGAUUCUAUUGUUGAGCUGCUUUGUCAAUUUUCUGUAAUUUCAAUCCAUGUGAUUGCUUUUGAGACAAUUACUGAAGACUAUUCCAUUAUGGCAGCAAUUAAUAACACUGAGGAGAAAUACACCCAAAUUUUUCACUACAAACACAGCGAUUAUGGAGAUCAUAAGAACGGCACAAAAAAUGCUUUUGAUUUAUCUGAACCGUUCUUAUGUCGUUUUUUGUGGCUAAAAUCUAGUAAAGAUAUGAAUAUAACCAUAGAAAUUUAUGGUCACCUUCGACAUAAAAGUAACAAUCAUUCUGCUACUCUUUAUAACGUUUUAUAUAUAAGCAUUAAGUUAUAGAUAGAGUGCUUUUGUAGUAUAUAUAUAUAGAGUAUAUACAUUUUUAUUAUUAUUUUAAAUGAUAGGUGACAAUUUCUUUGUUAAAUACGACAGAAUACUCAAAGUUAAUUGGUUGGAAUAUGGGAUUAGCAAAUGGUAUUGUAUUCAAUGGGACGGACAAUUUAUCAAAAUGUAGAACAAUAUGUGACUCGUUCGGCUGUUAUUAUUAUUCUUUUAAUUUUGACGAAAGCAAAUGCAUCCUAAACAAACAAUUACAACCCUUAGAAAAAAUUGAAAAAGUAGGUUCAGGAUUGUUUACCGCUUGUGGGGGGCAGCAGUUGAUCACUAAUGAAAUUAUAGAAAAGUGUGGUUAUUUGAUUAAUGUUCCUUAAAGUAAUUCAACUCAAGUAGAACCGGUUAGUAGCCUUUAUUUAUAAGAAAAGUAGAAGGAAUUUAUGUUAUUUUUCGCUAUUAAAAUUUAAAUAGGAAAGUCAUAAGUAACUUAUUAACGGAUUGCAAUUGCAGUAAUACUUAUCAAAGUGUUAUGUGAAUGGAUUUUUCUGGUAAUGUUGAAUAAUGAUUUAAAAAAAACUCUUCAUGCUUUUUAUUAAUCAAGCAGGAGUCUAUUAAUAGUAUGAAAUAUUUAUUAUAUUUACCUUAUUUCUCAUUUCUUUGACUG